UGGAAUAUUCCCAUCAGUUUACAAGUGCAGACGAGCAUCAAUGCAUCAGGAAGAGCUGAAAUCUGCAAAGACUGAGUUUAUUAAAGAGGACAGAGAGAAGAUGAGAGAUCCAGAACCCUGCAGAAUCAAACACACUGAAGAACUAACAGAGCUGAUGGAAGAGAGCGAGGAGAGUGAAGAACUGAGUGAAGUGGAGGAGAAACAUCAUGACAAACCUGGAGAAAAACCCUUGAGUGGCUCAAAGACUAAAAAUACAUUUUUAAAGAAAAGAAGAGCCAAGAAAUCAUUCACCUGCACUCAGUGUGGAAAGAGUUUCACAUACAAAAAUAAUCUUGAAGUUCACAUGAGAGUUCACACUGGAGAGAAGCCGUUCACAUGCGAUCAGUGCGAGAAGAGUUUCACACAGAAACCACAUCUUACGGGGCACAUGAGGAUCCACACGGGAGAGAAGCCGCACGUAUGUGAUCAGUGCGGGAAGAGUUUCACAUACAAAAAUAAUCUUGAAGUUCACAUGAGAGUUCACACUGGAGAGAAACCGUUCACAUGCGAUCAGUGCGGAAAGAGUUUCUCGCAAUCAGCAAGCCUUAAAGAACACAUGAAAAUCCACACCGGAGAGAAGCAAUUCAUGUGUGAUCAGUGUGAAAAGAGAUUCUCAAACAAGAGAUGUCUUGAGCUUCACGUGAGAGUUCAUGCUGGCCAGAAACCGUUCACAUGUGAUGAGUGUGGAAAGAGAUUCAAGUGCCAAAAUAAUCUUGAGGUUCACAUGAGAAUCCACGCUGGAGAGAAGCCAUUCACCUGCUCUCAGUGUGGAAAGAGUUUCACAUACAAACAACAUCUUGAUGCUCACAUGAGAGUUCACACUGGAGAGAAACCGUUCACAUGUGAUCAGUGCGGGAAGAGCUUCACACAGAAAAUACACCUUAAGAGCCACAUGAAGAUCCACACUGGAGAGAAGCCUCACGCAUGCGAUCAAUGUGGGAAGAGCUUCACACAAUCAGCACAACUCAAGAGACACAUGAGGGUCCACACCGGAGAGAAGCCGUUCACAUGUGAUCAAUGCGGGAAGAGUUUCCCAUAUAAACAAUGUCUUGAUGUUCACAUGAGGAUCCACACCGGAGAGAAACCAUUCAUGUGUGAUCAGUGUGAAAAGAGCUUCUCAAGCAAACAACAUCUUGAUCUUCACAUGAGAGUUCACACUGGAGAGAAGCCGUUCACAUGUGAUCAGUGCGGGAAGAGCUUCACACAGAAACCACAUCUUACGGGGCACAUGAGGAUCCACACGGGAGAGAAGCCGCACGUAUGUGAUCAGUGCGGGAAGAGUUUCACACAAUCAACACACCUUAAAGAACACAUGAAAAUCCACACCGGAGAGAAAUCAUUCAUGUGUGAUCAGUGUGAAAAGAGAUUCCCACACAACUAUGAUCUUACUGUUCACAUGAGGAUCCACAUCGGAGAGAAGCCGUUCACAUGUGAUCAGUGCGGCAAAACAUUUCUUGUGGCAUCAGCCCUGAAGACACACCUGACAGUUCAUACGAAGGAGAAGCCGCAUUCAUGUUCUGUAUGUGGAAAGAGUUUUUCACUGCUGCAAAGUUUAAAAGGACAUCAGAAAAUACAUACUGGUGAAAAAUCUUAUAUGUGCUUUGAGUGCAAGAAGACUUUUACUUCAGCAAACUGUUUAAAAUUGCACCAGAGGAUUCACACUGGAGAGAAACCCUACAAGUGUUCACACUGUUGCAAGAGAUUCAAUCAGUCAGCAAAUCUGAGAACGCAUGAGAGGAUCCACAACAGAGAGAAGCUGCAGACGUGUGAUCAGUGCGGAAAGAGUUUUGCAUUUAAAAGUCACCUGAAGAUACACAUGAGGAUCCAUGCAGUGGAGAAACCAGAUCAGCGCAGUCUGAGAUCACGGUAA